AUGUGUGGGGGUGCGAUCAUCUCCGACUUCAUUCCGGCAGGACCCCCCGGCCGGUCCCGCCGCGUGACCGCCGACAUCCUGUGGCCGAAUUUGAGAAAGCGGUUGUCGAAGCCUCUGCUGGACGAUGAUUUUGAGGCUGGGUUCAGAGAAUUCAAGGAUGACUCGGAAAUCGAGGAAGAUGAUGAGGAGGAUGAAGAGGAGGAGGACUUGACGGUGGUUGGUGUGAAGAAGCCCUUUGGCUUUUCUCGUCCCAACAAGGCUUCUAAGCCUCUUUCUCGUGGAUCAACGACUGUGAAAUCUGUGGAAUCAAAUGGGCAAGCUGAGAAGUGUGCUAAGAGAAAGAGGAAGAACCAGUAUAGAGGAAUUCGCCAGCGUCCAUGGGGAAAGUGGGCUGCUGAGAUCCGCGACCCAAGAAAGGGGGUUCGUGUUUGGCUUGGAACUUUCAGCACUGCUGAAGAAGCUGCAAGAGCUUAUGAUGCUGAAGCAAGGAGGAUUCGUGGCAAGAAAGCCAAGGUGAAUUUCCCUGAUGAACCUUCAGCUGCUUCCUCAAAACGCCUCAAGGUGAAUCCAGAGUCUCAACCAUUGAAGCAAAAUCUCAACUCUUUGAAGCCGAAAAUGAACCAGAUGUUCAAUUUUGGUGACAAUCUGGAGGACUACUACGGUCCUAUAGAUCAGGUGGAACAGAAACCACUGGUUAACCAAUAUGUUAACCCUGGCCCCUUUGCUGUAAACGGAGUUCAACUCUCACCUGUUACUCCAUCUGCUGAUGUUACUGCUUAUUUCAGUUCUGAGCAUUCAAGCAAUUCAUUUGAUUAUUCUGACCUUGGAUGGGGUGAACAAGUCCCCAAGACUCCCGAGAUCUCAUCCAUGCUUUCUGCUCCUUUAGAGGGUGAAUCUCAGUUUGUGCAGAGUGCUGAUCAGAUUCAGAAGAAACAAACUCAGGACAUGAUGCCUGUGCAAGAUGAUUCUGCAAAGACACUUUCUGAGGAGCUUGCAGACAUUGAAUCCCAGCUGAAGUUCUUUGAGACCCCUUUGUUUGAUGGAAGCUGGAGUGAUGCUUCAUUGGCGUCUCUGCUCGGCAACGAUGCAACUCAGGAUGCCGGAAACCCUUUGAACCUUUGGAGCUUCGAUGACCUGCCAUCCAUGGCAGGUGUUUUCUGA